AUGCAGCAUCGGCGGGUCCAGCUGGCGCUUCUGUCGUUCCUUUGCCUAAUCGCAAUAUACAUCUUCUUCAAAUCUUCUUCGUUAGCAUUUGACCAGUCAUUUGAGCCGACGGAGUUGCAGCCCGCAAAUGAGACUCUCGGUUUUGGCGCAAUAUUAGUUGUUUCCAGGGCAGGUUCCCCUCGGAGAGAGUCACUUAUUCGGGCGGCAAAUCUUACUGAACUCGAAAUGCGAAUACCUCCCCAACCUGUCUGGUCUUCAGAGGACAUCACGGCAUUGCAGGCCGGGGAAUCAUCCACCCUGGAUCGCGGCUCAGCCUUGGCUUGGCUUGGUCAUCUGAACGCUUUGCGAUGGCUUCUAAACUCCGGUAUCGAAACCGCUCUCAUUCUCGAGGAUGAUGUUGACUGGGAUAUUCACAUCCGCAAGACUCAAAUACCGCGCGUGGGCCAUGCCAUUCGCCAAAUGACGUCGUCAAAAAACAGUUUCUACGGAAAUUUGCAAUCUUGGGAUAUUCUUUAUGCUGGUCAUUGCGGAGACUUUUUCGAGGCGGAGCGCGCCAAAACGCUGACCAUGCAAACUUUCCCGGACGAAUCUGUCCCUCCAAUGCGGAAAUUGCAUCCUUUCACCCAAAGAUUUCUUUCUGCGCUUAAUCUCGGUGAAAAAACAAGAAUGGUCCAUCAUUCUGUUUCUCCGCUCUGCAGCUUUGGUUACGCGGUAACUCGUCAAUCAGCGCAGCGGCUGCUCAAUGACCUGGCCGGUAGAGAACCCCAAAAAGGCUGUCCGGCCUACGAUGUGCGUCUGCUAGAAGCUUGCCGAGAUGAGGGCAUGCGGUGCUGGAGCGUCAAUCCCGAAUUGUUUCAUCAUACCGAAGCCCCCUCAGAGAUCGCCAUCCAAAACAAAGCAAACGAAAAUGACCCAUCGCAGUCGUCCGAACUAAAUCUGAAACUCGAGAGCCCGAACAUUGAAUGUGGCGCGAGAACUUUCCGCUGGACGGAAGGGAGGAGUUUUGAAUAUCUAAGAGACAUUGUUGGAAGGCAGGGACGCUGCUUAAAAGAUCGAAUGGAGGAGGAUAUGACUGAGCGUCUUGAAGACUAA